AGGACUGUCGGUCUUCGCAUACGUAGACACCAUGGAUGCUCCAGAUCAGAGCAGUGCCCCAUUGGCUUCUCCAGCUCUAGCUCCCGAAGGAUCUCCAACUCCUUCUCCACAGUCUGCUCCACCAACACCAUCACCAGCUUUCACAGCGGGCGACGAAGCACCAGGGCCGAGUGCACUCAACCAGAGCGGUGACGCCAGUAACGUGGUCCCAAGUUUAGCCCUGCUCUUCACCAUCGUUGCAGCAACUCUGCUCCUGCGAUGAUCUUACGUUACGCCUCUUGAGGUUGCGGAUCA